CCAGCGUUUAUUAAAGAGAAUGCGCAGUAUUGAAUGUGUCGAGUAAAUCAGCUGAUCGCGUUUCCUCGUUCUCGUAUAAUACGAAAUAUUUUUCGAUUAUCGUAUCGUUAAUUGAAAGUGAAUUGAGAAACGAUAAAAAUGAGUUCGUCCACGAUCGAGAACAGUGAAUAUAGUGACUAUCGGAGUCCCUUGGCAACAAGGUACGCCUCCAAGGAAAUGCGAUAUAAUUUCAGCGAACAAAAUAAAUUCAGCACGUGGCGAAAACUAUGGAUUUAUUUGGCCAAGGCAGAAAUGGAGCUGGGCCUGGCCAUUACCCCUGAACAAAUCGCGGAAAUGGAAGCCCACGUGAACGACAUCGACUUCGAGGCAGCGGCGAAGGAAGAAAAGGCCACCAGACACGACGUAAUGGCUCACGUCCACGUUUUCGGGAAUCAAUGCCCGAAAGCGGCUCCCAUAAUCCAUCUGGGGGCGACAAGUUGCUACGUUGGUGACAACACGGAUUUAAUCGUUCUUCGCCAAGGAUUUGAUAUCCUUCUUCCGAAAUUGGCUAAUGUUUUGUCGCGCCUCGCCAAAUUUGCGAUGAUGUAUCGGGAGUUGCCAACAUUGGGAUUCACUCAUCUUCAACCUGCGCAACUUACAACUGUUGGAAAACGAGCAACGUUGUGGCUGCACGAUCUUCUGAUGGACGAGAGAGCUCUUCGACGAGCCAGGGACGAUCUGAAGUUUCGAGGCGUGAAAGGCACGACCGGCACCCAAGCAUCGUUUCUUCAGUUGUUCAAUGGCGAUGGAGAAAAGGUAAAGAAGUUGGAUCGGUUGGUAACCAAAAUGGCGGGAUUCGAGAAGUGUUAUCCUAUAACGGGGCAAACUUAUAGUAGAAAGGUCGAUGUGGAAUGUUUAAACGUUCUAAGUUCCUUAGGAUCCACUGUCCAUAAGAUAUGUAGCGACAUUCGAUUGUUGGCAAGUAUGAAAGAAAUCGAUGAGCCAUUCGAAAGCACUCAAAUUGGAUCAAGUGCAAUGCCAUACAAAAGAAACCCAAUGCGAUCAGAAAGAUGUUGCAGCAUAGCAAGGCAUUUGAUGUCGUUGGUUAACAAUGCUUUACAAACAGCAGCUACUCAAUGGAUGGAAAGAACAUUGGACGACUCUGCCAAUAGGAGAAUUACCCUUUCUGAAGCAUUUUUAUCCGGGGAUGUGAUUUUAAUGACACUUCAAAAUAUUACAGAGGGUAUGAUCGUUUAUCCCAAUGUCAUUGCCAGGCACAUCGACCAAGAAUUACCUUUCAUGGCUUCAGAAAAUGUGAUAAUGGCUAUGGUAAAAGCUGGAGGUGAUAGACAGGUUUGUCACGAAAAAAUAAGAGUAUUGUCCCAAGAAGCAGGUGCACAGGUGAAACAAUAUGGCAAGGACAAUGAUCUAGUCGAGAGGAUUAAGAAGGAUCCUUAUUUCAAACCAAUCCUCGAUCAAUUGGACAAUCUUCUAGAUCCACGAACUUUCGUUGGCAGAGCACCUGAACAAGUCAUUGAAUUUUUAGAAGAGGAAGUUCAACCUGUGCUCGAAAAUUAUCAAGGACUAUUAGAUGAAAGCGUGGAACUCAAUAUUUGAUUAAACUUGAAUUUUUUUUAUUUUUCGCAGGAUUUUCUUUUCUAAUCCUAAUUUUUUAAUUCUUCGAUAUAGAAUUUUUUAAUUCUUUUCUUCAAUUUCUAAUUUUUUAAAUUUUUUCUUUUUUUUUUAAUUUUUUCCCUGCUAUUUUUACGUAUUUCGAAAGCAAAACAAAGCGUAUACAAGAUAUUGUUAUUAUUUGUAAACUUUACAAAGAUCAGAACUGAAUAAAAAUCAG